AUGUAGCUAAAGGAAAGAAAGACUUCGUUUUGCUUGUACGUAAAAUAGGAGUAGCAGUUUUGAAAGAUCAAUCACAAAGCAACGAAAUGCUUCCUGGUCGCAGGUCGGGAAAUUGGCUUCAAGGAAUGCAUUGCCGUCGGCAUGUUAUUGAAAUUUGAACUCAAACAAAAUGAACCGUUCUAAUAACAUCGCCCAAAGCUCCCAACUACACUUGACUUCAGAUAAUGGUGUUCCCAACAGCACUCCAAUGAGAGUCGCCACCAGAGCUACACCCUCUCAUCAAAAUGGACGCGAAACUGACGACUUGCAAGAUCUCAAAGGGAAAGUCGAAUCCAGAUUGCUGUCUAUGUGGAACAACGUAAAGUUUGGUUGGACUGUGAAAUUGAAGACAAGUUUUUCAAAGGAAUCACCAGUAUGGCUUUUGGGGCGGUGCUAUCAUCGGAAGUUAAGCCCAACCGGUUCUUUGGAAUCCUCGACUGAAAUUGGUAUGGAGGCCACAGCACUUCAACCCAUGGAACAAAUAUAUGGUGAAGGAAUUGAAGGGUUCAAGUCUGAUUUUGUUAGUAAAAUAUGGAUGACCUACCGAAGAGAGUUUCCUACUAUGUCAGGCUCCUCAUUCACCACAGACUGUGGAUGGGGCUGCAUGUUAAGGAGUGGACAAAUGCUUCUAGCGCAAGCACUGGUAUGCCAUUUCCUUGGAAGAACUUGGCGAUGGACUCCAGAAAAGCCUUUUCAAAAUGCAAGAGAAUUUCAAGAAGACUGCCUUCAUCGAAUGAUAAUAAAGUGGUUUGGAGAUAAGUCAUCUGUAAACAGCCCUCUCUCCAUUCACCAGAUGGUAAAGUUAGGGGAAAACUUGGGCAAGAAACCUGGAGACUGGUAUGGUCCAGCUUCUGUUGCCCAUUGCUUGCAGGCAGUGCUCACUGCUGCUUCUAAAGAAAACUAUGAAUUUGAUUCCUUAGAAGUUUAUGUUGCUCAAGACUCUACUGUGUAUAUCAAAGAUAUACAAGACUUAUGUAAGCUGCCCAGCGGCAUGAAGUCCCUGAUACUGCUGGUGCCUGUCAAGCUAGGCACGGACAAGUUGAAUCCUAUUUAUGGGCCCUGCCUCACUUCUCUCUUGACCCUGGACUUUUGUAUUGGAAUUAUUGGGGGCCGGCCUAAACACUCACUUUACUUUGUUGGUUAUCAAGAUGAUCGAUUAAUACAUUUAGAUCCACAUUACUGUCAAGAGAUGGUUGAUGUUUGGCAGCCCAACUUUGCUCUGCAGUCCUUCCACUGCCAUUCUCCGAGAAAGAUGCCUAUUAGUAAAAUGGAUCCCUCAUGCUGUAUUGGAUUUUACCUUGCUACUGAGCAUGACUUUGAGACGUACAUAAACAUAAUCAAGCCUUUUCUCACCCCUCAAGGAGUCUCAUCCAACAAUGAAUACCCAAUAUUUUCAAUACACCAUGGGUCCCGCAGUUCAGUCAUGAACCCCCCAAAUAUAAGAUACUCAAUCUAUGAAUCAGAGCAGAACUGGGUGACUCCCAGCAUCAAUGACAGUGAUACAGACAUCGAGUCAGAGGAAUUUGUUUUAGUUUAAUAUAAUUAUACCUAUUAGUUAUAAUAAAUAUGAUUGCAAUUAUUGUGUAUAUCAGUUAUGUUAAAGUAGAUCAUUUUAUUGGGUACUACAUUAUCUGUUAGUUUUUUUAAGUUAAUUUAUUGAUGUUUUUGUGUUUAUUUUAUAUAUAUAGAUCUCUGUGUGCUGUAAUAUAUGUUCAUGCUCACAUGAGUGUACAAAACAUGACUAUUGAUUAGUGAUACACAAGGUCAACACAUAUGUGCUUAUCAUAGGAACACUGCUAAAUAACAUAACAUAAUGUACUUAAAACUUUCUUAUCAAAUAUUAUUAUUCAUUUUCCACUAAGACUUUCAUGCAUUUCAAGGACCAGUUACCUGCUAGUUAUUAAUACUCCUAAAAAGUAUAAGGUUUAAUACAAAUCAAUUUGAAAUUUUGAUGAGUAUAAAAUCUUGUAAUAGAGGCUGUUAUGCAAUAUAGUAAAACUGGUAAUGUUAAAUGUAUAACCAUUUUGUCAGACUGGAUAGUGUGAAACAAUAUCCAAAUCUAAUACAAAAUAUACAGUAAAGAGCAAUGUUUCUUCCUAUUUAUCAUACUUAAACUAAAAAUGUGACUAGUUUGUUCAGCUGGACUGCCAGUGAGGGUAUUCUAAAUCGUUUUUUUUUUCGCCAGGCAGUGAUACUUAGGUACCAAGUCUUUCUGGCACCAAACUUCAAAAUCAACCAAUUCUUUCUCAUUUCAAACUUUAAAGUUUGGUGUCAGAAAGACCUGGCGCCGCAGUAUUGCCGCCUGGCGAUAAAAAACGAUUAAGAAUACUCUCAUUGUAAAGUGGAUAUCAUGAUUUAUCAUUACCAACUCAAUAGCUAUAAAUCCAAUACCAAACAUGUAAUAUUAUGACAACAAAACAAAUAUAACAGUUGCGAAGA